AUGAUUUAUUCGGUUCUCCUCGGGUUGGCCGUUUCUUGCUUACUUUUUCUGUACGUUCGUUUCCCGUACUUUACUCAGGACUUUAUUUUCGCACUCAGAACGUUUAACGUCAGGAGGCUGGUGGCUCGGUUCGGCCGCGGAACGCCCUGCUACACGAUUCUGGACCGGUUCGCGGACGCCGCGCGGAGUCACCCGCAGAAGCGCUUUCUCGUGUUCGAGGGCGAGCUUUUCUCUUACCGCGAUGCUCGUGCACGGGGUCAGGUCGUGGCGCUCUUUCACGGGAACGCGCCCCAGUACGUGUGGACGUGGCUCGCGCUCGCCAAACUGCUUCUGAACACGAACCUCAGGAGUCGAGCUCUGCUGCACUGCUGCGACUGCUGCUGCGCCACGGCCCUCAUCACUGAUGCAGAUCUGGCUCUGGCGGUGUCCGAGGUUCUGCCGUCUCUGCGCAUGCGCGGCGUGUCUGUGCUCCCUGGAAUCGUCAAUCUGUCAGCUGCGGUGCGCGGCGCGUCAGAAGAGGCUCCGCCCCUCAGCCUGAGGCGUGACGUCAGCAUCCAGAGCCCCGCCCUCUACAUCUACACCUCGGGUACCACAGGUCUUCCUAAAGCGGCAGUGAUCAACCACCACAGACUCUGGCUGACGUCGUUCCUGCAGCGCAUGACAGGUGUGAGCUCCAGAGACGUCCUCUACAUCUGCCUGCCCCUGUACCACAGCGCAGGCUUCCUCGCCGGCCUCACCGGAGCCAUGGAGCGGGGGAUCACAGUGGUGCUGAGGAGGAAGUUUUCUGCGUCUCGGUUUUGGGACGACUGUCGGGAGCAUGAGGUGACGGUCAUCCAGUACAUUGGAGAGGUCAUGCGUUACCUGUGCAACACGCCCAAGAGCGAGCGUGACCGUGAUCACCGUGUGCGUCUGGCUCUGGGGAACGGCUUCAGAGCGGAGACAUGGGGGCAAUUCCUGCGGCGCUUCGGGAACGUGCGCAUCUGCGAGUGCUACGGAGCCACCGAGGGAAACAUCGGAUUCAUCAACUACAUCGGGAGAGUGACUGCCAUCCACAAGAUGCUCAUUCCUUUCACCUUCAUUAAGUUUGAUCCGGAGACGGAGGAGCCGGUGCGAGACCCCGCUGGGCUGUGUGUGGAGGUCGCGCCAGGUGAAACCGGGCCGCUGGUGGCAAAGAUCAAUAAAAUCGCUCCGUUCAGCGGCUACGCUAAAAACCAUGCGCAGACGGAGAAGAAGAAGCUGAGGAACGUCUUUAAGAAAGGAGAUCUGUACUUCAACACUGGAGAUCUCAUAUUAGCCGACCGCGACGGCUUCCUUUACUUUCAGGACCGCAUUGGAGACACGUUCCGGUGAGAUUCAGUGAAUGUGGCCACGACUGAAGUGUCUGAGAUGUCGCUCAUGCUGGAUUCUGUUGAAGCCGCAGCCGUCUACGGUGUGAAAGUACCAGGUCACGAGGGACGGAUUGGGAUGGCGGCUCUCAAGCUCACAGAUGGGAUGGAGUUUGACGGAUCUGCCACAUACAGACACAUGAAGAACCUCCUGCCGGCGUACGCCAGACCACACUUCAUCAGGAUACAGGACGAGCUGGACGUGACGGGGACCUUCAAACAGGUCAUCCGGAGUAAACUCUUCUUCCUGGACGAGUCGCAGCAGACGUUUGUGGCGAUGACGCAGGAGCUUUACAGUUCCAUCAUGACCGGACACAUGAGACUCUGACGAACACACAACCGGAUUUAUUCAGCUGGAAACAAAACCGUAAACCGAGAUUAUGAUUUUAAUACAUUUAAUACAUAAUAUAUCAUGUUUACACAUC